AUGAUUAGUCAAUCAAAUCCCAAAUCGUACCUUUUGCGGCAACAACCCCGAAACUAAAUCCGCAACUUGCAAAUCUUAGCUUCCACGGCGCAUUAUAGCGUCACCCACUUCAUCAUUACCCAAAAAGUCGUUGAAACUAAUUAAUGACUUCUUCAAAACACCUCACUUGACCAACACACCCUUUCUUUCUCUCUCUAAAAUCCAUCCACCCGCCAUUUUCUCUCUCUAAAAUUAUGACCACCACAUUCGUCCACAACCGGAGCCAGCACUCCAGCCACCGCGCAACGCCGGAUAACAUGUCCCGUUCGUCGGACUUCAGCACUUCGAAUCAAUCGACCUCGUCUUCUUCCGGACGGAAUCCAGUUGUUGCUGCCGCUUUGUCGGUUGCCGGAUUGUUCGCUGCUUGCUUCACGCCGCCGGAGGCUAAUAAUUCCAAGAGUCUUGUGGUGGAUUCUGAGGAGUUCAAAUCUUCUUCUGGUUCUGUUGCAUCAAAUGCUUCAAGAGGAGGUAGUCAGAGAGGGCGAGGUACAAACAACAGUUUAUACAACACCACAAUCCAGGGGAAUGAGUCUGGCAUUGUGAAGUAUACAUUGGAGGAAAUCAUCCAAGUCACCAAAAACUUCUCGCCUUCUUUCAAGAUUGGUCAAGGUGGUUUUGGGGCAGUCUACAAGACGAAACUUCUGGAUGGAACUAUUGUCGCAGUAAAGCGAGCUAAGAAGAGUGUACACGAGAAACAUCUAGGUUCGGAGUUCCAGAGCGAGGUACAAACACUAUCACGGGUCGAGCAUUUGAACUUGGUAAAGUUCUAUGGAUACUUGGAGCAUGGGGAUGAAAAAAUUGUUGUUGUGGAGUAUGUUCCGAAUGGAACCCUCAGAGAACAUCUAGAUUGCAUUCAUGGAAAUGUUCUCGACCUCGCCGCUCGUCUAGACAUUGCAAUUGAUGUAUCUCAUGCUCUCACCUAUCUUCAUGUGUAUAUGGAUCACCCCAUCAUUCAUAGAGACAUAAAGUCUUCCAACAUUCUCCUCACUGAGAACUUUCGAGCAAAGGUAGCAGACUUUGGUUUUGCUAGACAAGCACCAGACAGUGACUCUGGCAUGACACACGUCUCUACCCAAGUUAAGGGAACAGCUGGCUACUUGGAUCCUGAAUACUUAAAAACCUAUCAACUGACCGAAAAGAGUGACGUCUAUUCAUUUGGUGUUUUGCUUGUUGAACUUGUCACAGGAAGACGCCCGAUUGAACCAAAAUUUGAACUCAAAGAGAGAAUAACAGUAAAAUGGGCUAUGAAGAGGUUUAUCGAGGGAAACGCGAUCUCGGUCUUGGACCCAAGACUGGAUCAAACUUCUGCAAAUAAUUUGGCCUUAGAAAAGAUACUUGAACUAGCUUUACAGUGCUUGGCUCCUCAUAGGCAAAGCAGGCCUAGCAUGAAGAGAUGUGCAGAGAUCCUUUGGGCCAUUCGUAAGGAUUAUCGAGAGAUAUCGGCUUUAAACUUUCGAUCAUAUUCCACUACUUCCCAAAGAAGCACCUCAUUGUGAGAGUGACAAGGAUGGAGUUGAUAUCAGGUAACUUCACUUGCAUAAAAUAGGCGUGUGACGGUGUGAGUAAGGAAAAAAUAAGCGUAAAAAAGAUAAUAAUGCAUUAAAAAAAGAAGUUAGGACAAAAUAUGAUCACAGGAGUAAACAAUUCUUCUAUAAAAUAAUGAUCAAGCAAAUUUGGCAACUGGGGUGGCAUAUGCUGAUAGUGAUUAGUGAUAGGUAGAAAUCAUAUUCUGUUGAAAUUGUUCAUAAGAGUUUUCACUUGUAUAUAGGAAGAGGGUGUUAUUGCUUCCAUAAUAUUUAUUUAUUUUUCUUGUGAUGUACUUGAUAGAAAAGGAAAAUUUGUAUUCUAUUAUUGAUUGAUUGUAAUUUUGAUUGCUGUA